AUGGAGCACAACGCGGACCGCGAUGAGAUUGUCUCUCAAUUCUGCGCCAUGACUAGGACGGAUCCUCAUGAGGCGCAAGGCUAUCUGGCAGCCAACGAGUGGGAUCUCGAAGCCGCAGUCACCGAAUUCUUCGCCGAACAAGAUGAAGCCUCACAGGAUACUGGCGCAGCUGGUGGUGGUCGCCGACUCGGCGCUGAAUCGGAACCCUCUGCCGGCCGUUCACUUGGUGGCAGCUCCUCUCAUUCCCCCUCCACUACCCCGCAGCCCUCGUCCCGCAGGUCGGCCCCGAAAAAGAAGUUUGCGACCCUGAACGAUUUUGCGUCGGGUGGAGGGGAAUCUUCCGAGGAAGACGAUGCAGUGAACCAAGACUUCUUUGCUGGCGGUGAGAAGUCGGGCUUGGCUGUGCAGAACCCCGAUGAUAUUAAGAAGAAGAUCAUUGAGAAGGCCAAAAGGUGA